AUGACACAUGGAGUGACACUCAAAGACCUCAACCGAAUGGCCAGAAACAUCCCUGCAUUCACACCAGAACUUGCAGGAGACCACAACGUCCAUGAUUACCUGCGAGACAUUGACUUUUACCUGCAGUCUUGGACCAGUCCAGGACACAUCCAAUCAGACUACCAGCGGUUUAAACAAGCCAUCAUAAAGGAAUUCUCAGACCCAGAGUCUGAACACGGACUGAUCGCUGCCCUAGACACCAAACAGGGCCGGCAUGAAACUCCCCAUGCUUACUACCACAGACUUCGACGAGCUUACUUCGGAGCUCGCAAUUACCCUGGGAUGGAGGAGGACACCAGCUUCAAGAGCCUUUUCCUCCGAAACCUCCACCCUAUUUUAAGUCACCAUUUAGGCAUUAUGGCCUGCCACACAAUGCCUAUUCAACAACUGCCUGACCUGACACAGAAGGCCUUUAACAAGCACAAGGCCUCCAUCAAAGGUGUUUUACCAGACUCUCAAGAACAAGACAUUUUCCUCUGGAGGAAAGACACAGGCUUUGGCUUCCGGAUCCUGGGGGGAAAUGAACCCGGAGAACCGAUCUACAUAGGGCACAUAGUGAAGUACGGCUCAGCGGAUGAGGACGGCCGUCUGCGCUCCGGAGACGAGCUCAUCUGUGUCGAUGGCACGGCGGUGGUGGGAAAGUCUCAUCAGCUGGUGGUGCAGCUCAUGCAGCAGGCGGCUAAACAGGGUCACGUCAACCUUACUGUCCGCCGCAAAAACGCUUACGGAGUGUAUAAGGGCGAGGCGGACGUGCCACCGUCCCCGGCCUCCUCUCACCACAGCAGCACGCAGGCGCCGUCGCUGACGGAGGAGAAGCGCACUCCGCAGGGCAGCCAGAACUCGCUCAACACCGUCAGCUCGGGCUCCGGCAGCACCAGUGGCAUCGGCAGCGGUGGAGGCGGCGGCAGCGGGAGCACCGUGGUCAACAUGACGCCCGCCACCCUGCAGCCCUACGACGUGGAGAUCCAGCGCGCCGAGCACGAGGGCUUCGGCUUCGUCAUUGUGUCGUCCGUGUCACGGCCUGACGCCGGCUCCACCUUCGCGGGGAACACGGCCAUGCCUCAUAAAAUAGGCCGGAUCAUCGAGUGCAGUCCGGCUGACCGCUGCGGGAAGCUGAAGGUGGGUGAUCGGAUCCUGGCAGUCAACGGCUGCUCCAUCACCAACAAAUCGCACUCGGACAUCGUCAACCUCAUCAAAGAGGCCGGCAAAGCCGUCUCGCUGCGCAUCAUACCCGGAGACGAGACGUCAAACGCAUCGCUACUGACCAACGCAGAGAAGAUCGCCACCAUCACCACUACACACACACCUCAGAGCAGCACAGAGCCCAGCAGGAAUAACAAACCCAAACAAGCUCUGACCCAACCAGCAACCUACAGUCAGGAGGCAGAGUAUUACUCGGUUGAUCUGGAGAGGGAGAGUAAAGGUUUCGGCUUCAGUCUGAGAGGCGGUAAGGAGUACAACAUGGAUCUGUAUGUGCUGCGAUUAGCGGAGGAUGGAGCCGCUGUCAAAAACGCCAAGAUGAGGGUUGGUGAUGAAAUACUGGAGAUCAAUGGUGAAAGUACGAAAAAUAUGAAGCAUUCUCGCGCUAUCGAGCUGAUCAAGACCGGAGGCAGACAAGCUCGACUGGUGCUGAAGAGAGGAGACGGAUCCGUCCCAGAGUAUGACGGCCCAAAUGACAGCUACCCUCCCUCACCCAGGCCACAAAAUAAUUCGAAAGUGAGGGCCUUGCUGGCCAGCGGCCCCUUUCAUCAUCCGUCCGAGUCCAGCUAUACAUCAGAGCAUCACACACCAUCCCAGCCCAAGCAGCAGCAACCGAAAGACAGGCAACAUGAUCCGGCAAGAGAACGAGAGAGGGACAGCAGAACAGGGCUGUAUUCCAGCGCUCCACACCAGCCUUCCUGGAACAACCGUCCCAGCCCCUCGCCAUCCCCUGACAGCAGCAAAAACAACUCCCACCGCAAGGUCAAGAAGUCAGAGUCGGAGAGCAGCAUUGCCAAGCUCUUCAAAACGCUGAGGAAAGAGGGCGGAUUUGGGAGGAAAAACUCCAACCAGGACCUCCUGAGGCGAGGCCGCAAACCCUCCGUAGACACACAGAGUAGCGCGGGGUCUCAGGUGCGCAGCGGGUCCUUGGAUCGCUCCUCCACCCGGAAGCGCAACACCUCUCCAGACCGCCGCAGGGCCAAGUCUGUGGACCGGCGAACAACACGCUCAUAUAAAGAUCAGUCCCCUGAGCGAAGCUAUCAAGACUCUUCCCAGGACCUGCUGUGCCAAAUCUCCACUCCAGAAAGGCUUGUCCGGCCCCAGAAAGAGCCCCAAACUCCCCGCAGGAACUACAGCAAAGAGGGCUACUUCACAUCCACCCCUGAGCGAUCCCACAAACCCACGGCUCACGCUCUCGCUCGCACACCUGAACGUGGCCUAAAGAACAGGAACGUUCUGCUCAACAGUUCUCCGGCCAGUCAAGCUGAGAGACAGGGAUACUUCGUCAACGGAGCCCCGGAAAGAUGCUUCCACAGGAGAUCGGACAGCAGCAGUGACGGAAGUUACUUGGAAGAGGGCGCUGCUCCACAGCUUAGGGAUUAUUACAACGCACUGAAAGCCAGCGGUGCGAACGGGAGCGGCGUGGGCCUCGGCCUCGUUCAGAGCUCUCCGAGCAAGAGACGGCUUUACAAGGAGAACCACGCAGACCUCAGCAUCUGAGCUCCCCAGGGCUGAGCUUCACCACAGUGGAACAAGGCUCCUUUUUCUAGUUUGUUUUGAUAGGUUGUGUUGCGAGUGAGAUCCCUGUUUUGUUAAAAGACAGACUUUUUUUUUUUUUUUCAAAAUGCGUCUACUUUGCGUGUCCAAAUUGAGAUUUACUGAACCAGAGCACAAGCAUUCAACGUUUGUUUCUUUGUUUGUACAUUUUAAUAGACGUGUGGCGAAACCUGAACUCAGAUUAUGAUGCUACUGUUUAAUUGAGUAAUAUAUAUUUAAGCUGUAUAUUUAUUUUGAAAAACUGAAAUGUAACUCGAUGGGAUGUCCAGAUGAAAAAAGCAUAAUUCUGUCUUGGUCUGUUGUAUAAUAUCUGACUUUGUUAGUCCUAACACUGCACUGGACUGAGGCAUGAGCCGCCCAUUAGCAAAAAAGAGGGAAAAAAUUAAGGCAGAAAAAUAUUAUGUUGUGACACAAUUUUUUUUUCUCCAUAAUCACCAGAACUUAGUCUAAAGGCACAUAUGCACAAUUGAGAAAACUUGACCCAACUUUAGCUUAAAGCAAGUUAUUUUAGGAAUGAAUCGGAUGCUUUUUAAAAAGUGACUUAAAAUGCAUUCAGCCUGUUUGUCAGUGUGUUCCUUGGGAAACAAACCACAGAGCAGUUGAGCUACAGGAACACAGCUAAUACAUUCAACUAUGUAAAAACACUGAAUAUAUUAAAUGUGAGAGGCUGUUCUAAUUCAGUCAUUUUAAGCAAAAGUUUGAAGUACUUUGAAUUGUUCCUUAUGCAGCCACAUUUACCUCCAUAAAGUCAAGUACCAAAGGCGAAUGAAAUGCUCUGAACGAAUGGAGUCCUUAACAAGCUUGUGAAAAUAAAUGUGGCGCAACAACGCAGCACACAUUUUGAGCUGAAUGUAGAGUUGCAGCAUGGAAGAUUCAGGUCGCCAGAUCUGAUCCAAAAGACUAUGUGAAAACGGCACCUGGCGCAAUCUGCCAAUCUGAGCCACCACUCGUUUUCCGUCACGCUCUCGAGAGCCACUGAGCUUCAGUGAUAUACAGACGCAAUGCGUGUUUGUUUGGGAACACAGCUGUUUCGUGCAUUUCGACAGGACCAAGAACAGGGAAUUCCUUCAGUGUCAUCUGAAUAGUACUGUAUCAAAAUGAACGUAUCAGCUGCUGUCUUUUGUACAAAUUUUAUUACUGUAUGUACUUCAAACCUGUGUAAGUAAGGAUACUGUUGCCUUUUCUCUGUACAAAAAAGAAUUUAUGAAAGAUGUCCACCUAAAAGAAGAUGCGAAUAUGUUUCUACUCUGCUCACUGGGACUAUGAGUAACGUGUGUACUCAGAAUCAGGCGUAUGUAAAGUUGUAUUU